CAUAGCAACAGCAGCCUUUCCCAUAAUGAGCUGCAUCAUCUGAACUGAUGUCACAGCAUCAUGCAGCAGGUCAAACAAGGCAUCUCCUAGUAUUGCAACCUACAGAUGUGCUGUAAACAUCAAAAGAAGACGGUGGGAGCAGGAGAUGCUGUUUUGGAAAGAAGUAAGGCUUAGACUUCUCCAUGUUAACCAUGAGUGUGACACUUUCCCCCCUGAGGUCACAGGACCUGGAUCCCAUGGCUACUGACGCUUCACCCAUGGCCAUCAACUUGACACCCACCGUGGAGCAGGGCGAGGGAGAAGAGGUGGUGAAGGAUAUGGAUUCUGACCAGCAGUAUGAAAAGCCACCCCCAUUGCAUACAGGGGCCGACUGGAAGAUUGUCCUUCACUUACCUGAAAUUGAGACCUGGCUCCGGAUGACCUCCGAGAGAGUCCGGGACCUAACCCACUCAGUCCAGCAGGAUUCAGACAGCAAGCAUGUGGAUGUGCAUCUAGUUCAACUAAAGGACAUUUGUGAAGAUAUUUCUGAUCAUGUUGAGCAAAUCCAUGCCCUCCUUGAGACUGAGUUCUCCCUGAAGCUGCUGUCCUACUCUGUCAAUGUGAUUGUGGACAUCCACGCGGUGCAGCUCCUCUGGCACCAGCUCCGGGUCUCGGUGCUGGUUCUGCGGGAGCGCAUCCUGCAAGGUCUGCAGGACGCCAAUGGCAACUACACCAGGCAGACGGACAUUCUGCAAGCUUUCUCCGAGGAGACAGCUGAGGGCCGGCUCGAUUCUCUAACGGAAGUGGAUGACUCAGGACAGCUAACUAUCAAAUGCUCUCAAAAUUACUUGUCUCUGGAUUGUGGAAUUACUGCAUUUGAACUGUCUGACUAUAGUCCAAGUGAGGAUUUGCUCGGGGGCCUGGGUGACCUGAGCCAGGUCAAAAGCAAACCCUUUGACUCUUGGAGCUACGGUGAGAUGGAGAAGGAGUUCCCUGAGCUUAUCCGAAGUGUGGGAUUACUGACGGUGGCCACUGACCCCAUCGCUUCCAACUGCAGCGAAGCAGUGAGUGAGGGGGCAUCUCAAGGUUCUCUCUCAGCAGAUGAAAAAGGUGGGUGUGAAGAAAACAAGGCUCCCGCAGUCGAGGAGCAACCAGGCUCAAAGCAGGGCAUGUCAUCUCCAGUGGAAGCUCUGACAAAUACUGCCCAGUCCUUUGCUAAGACCUCGAAGCAAGAAUCCAAUUCUCCCUCCCAACCUGGAGCAAAGAACCAACAGCCUCUUCCCUGUGAGAACACAACCCCCAAGCGAUCCAUCAGAGAUUGCUUUAAUUAUAACGAGGACUCCCCCACACAGCCCACAUUGCCAAAAAGAGGGCUUUUCCUUAAAGAGGACGCUUUUAAGAAUAACCUGAGAGGUGCUGACGGAAAGAGGCCGAUGGUUGAUCUCAAGCCCGAGAUGAGCAGAAGCACCCCUUCCCUGGUGGAUCCUCCUGACAGAUCCAAGCUCUGCCUGGUGUUGCAGGCGUCCUACCCCAGCAGCCCUUCGGCCGCCAGCCAGUCCUACGAGUGUCUGCACAAGAUGGGGGGCGGGAAUCUUGAAAACACAGUCAAAAGUCACAUUAAAGAAAUCUCCUCCAGCCUGGGAAGGCUCAACAACUGCCACAAAGAGAAACCUCGACUUAAAAAGCCACAUAAGAGCCCAGAAGAGGUGCCUCCGUGCCAAACCCCUAAAGCGGGAACUGGUUCCGGCAAGCAAACCGAAAUCACCAGGAGCUCCAGAGUGCCGAACGGAAUUCCCUCUUGUACUUCCAAGGCCGUGGAGGGGCCAGAAACCGAUUCUGCUUCUACAUCCUCCCUUGAGCCGUAUCCUCAGAGCAGUUGGAAUGCCAAAUUACCAGCACAGUCAGAAACAUCCAGUUCCCCACCGUUUACUCAAAGCAGCGGAUCUCCUGUUGGCUCGGACAGUCUCAUGUCUCCGGUACCCCUUCUUUCAAAACACAAAAGCAAAAAAAGUUACUCCUCCUCCCCAAGUCACGUCUCAAGGAAUGGUCAGGUUGUGGAGGCUUGGUAUGGCUCCGACGAGUACCUGGCACUGCCCUCUCACCUUAAGCAGACAGAAGUAUUAGCUUUGAAGUUGGAAAACUUAACGAAGCUGCUGCCUCCAAAACCCAGAGGAGAAACCAUUCAGAAUAUCGAUGACUGGGAACUGUCUGAAAUGAAUUCAGAUUCUGAGAUCUAUCCAACGUACCAUGUCAAGAAGAAGCGUACAAGGCUAGGCAGGGCGUCUCCCAGUUCAUCCAGUGACAUAGCCUCUUCGCUGGGGGAGAGCAUUGAGUCUGGGCCCCUGAGUGACAUUCUUUCUGAUGAGGAGCUGUGUAUGCCUCUCUCUGGCAUGAAAAAAUACACGGAUGAGAAGUCAGAGAGAGCUUCGUCUUCUGAGAAAAAUGAGAGCCAUUCUGCCAAAAAAUCUGCUUUAAUUCAGAAACUUAUGCAAGAUAUUCAACACCAAGACAACUAUGAAGCCAUAUGGGAAAAAAUAGAGGGGUUUGUAGACAAGCUGGAUGAAUUCAUUCAGUGGUUAAAUGAAGCCAUGGAAACCACUGAGAAUUGGACACCCCCUAAAGCAGAGACGGAUGGCCUUAAACUGUACCUGGAGACACACCUGAGUUUUAAGUUGAAUGUAGACAGUCAUUGUGCUCUCAAGGAAGCUGUGGAGGAGGAAGGACACCAGCUUCUCGAGCUCAUUGCAUCUCACAAAGCAGGACUAAAGGAUAUGCUGCGGAUGAUUGCGAGUCAGUGGAAGGAGCUGCAGAGGCAAAUCAAACGGCAGCACAGCUGGAUUCUCAGGGCUCUGGAUACCAUCAAAGCCGAGAUUCUGGCCACUGAUGUGUCUGUGGAGGGUGCGGAAGGGACUGGAAGCCCCAAGGCCGAGGUUCAGCUAUGCUACCUGGAAGCACAAAGAGAUGCUGUUGAGCAGAUGUCCCUCAAGCUGUACAGCGAGCAGUACACCAGCGGCAGCAAGAGAAAGGAAGAGUUUGCUGAUAUGUCAAAAGUUCAUGCAGUGGGAGGCACAGGGCUUCUGGACUUUGAUUCAGAAUAUCAGGAGCUCUGGGAUUGGCUGAUUGACAUGGAGUCCCUCGUGAUGGACAGCCACGACCUGAUGAUGUCAGAGGAGCAGCAGCAGCACCUUUACAAGCGAUACAGCGUGGAAAUGUCCAUCCGGGGCCUGAAAAAGACAGAGCUGCUGAGUAAGGUGGAAGCUUUGAAGAAAGGUGGCGUUUUACUACCAAAUGAUCUCCUUGAAAAAGUGGAUUCAAUUAAUGAAAAAUGGGAACUGCUUGGGAAAACCCUGGGAGAGAAGAUCCAGGACACAAUGGCAGGGCCCCGUGGGUCGGGGCCACGUGACCUGCUCUCUCCUGAAAGCGGAAGCCUGGUAAGGCAGCUGGAGGUCAGGAUCAAAGAGCUGAAAGGGUGGCUGAGAGAUACAGAGCUUUUCAUCUUCAAUUCCUGUCUGAGACAAGAAAAGGAAGGAACAAUGAGUGCCGAGAAACAACUGCAAUACUUUCAGUCGCUCUGUGGUGAAAUCAAGCAGCGGCGGCGUGGAGUGGCCUCCAUCCUGCGGUUAUGCCAGCACCUUCUGGAUGGUGGGGAGACCUGCAACCUGAGCGCGGACCACCAGCCCAUGCAGCUGAUCAUAGUGAAUCUCGAGAGGAGGUGGGAAGCCAUUGUCAUGCAAGCCGUCCAGUGGCAAACACGGCUACAAAAGAAGAUGGGAACAGAGUCGGAGACUCUGAAUGUGAUUGAUCCUGGCUUGAUGGACCUAACUGGGACCAGCGAGGAUGCCCUGGAAUGGGAUGAAACUGAUAUAAGUAACAAGUUAAUUAGUUUGAAUGAAGACUCAAAUGACCUCAAUCAAGAACCCCAACCUGUCAUGCCUUCCUCAAAACCUGAAGAGACAGGUAGUGAGGACCCUGGCUAUGAAGAAGAGGCAGGUGACCGUGGGGGAUCUCAGAAAGCCUCAAGUAUUACUGCCCCCUCUAGUCCCCACAUUUACCAAGUAUACAGCCUCCACAAUGUGGAACUCUAUGAUGACAACCACAUGCCAUUCCUGAAAAACAAUCCAAUGCUCACCAGCAUGACACAGCCUAGUGUUUUGACAAAGAGUCUUAGUAAAGACUCCUCAUUCUCAUCCACCAAAUCUUUGCCAGAUCUACUAGGGGGUUCCAAUUUGGUGAAGCCCUGCCCGUGCCACGGAGGAGACAUGAGCCAGAAUUCAGGCAGUGAGAGUGGAAUAGUCAGUGAAGGAGACACUGACACCACCACCAACUCUGAAAUGUGUUUGUUCAAUAUGGUAGAUGGGUCCCCUAGUAACCCUGAACCUGAACAUCUGGAACCACAAAUGGGAGAUGCCAUUAACAUGUUAAAGCAAAAAUUUAAAGAUGAGGAGGAAGCCAUUAAGCUUCCAAAUGGCUCUCAGUCAUCCAUUUCACCAGUGGGUUGUGUAAAUGGAAAAGCUGGAGAUUUACACAAGGGGGUUUGACAUGCUUGGUGUAUUGGGACAACACUAACCAACUGAGCUCCCUUGCCAGGGUCAAGUUACUCAUACCUCCAAGGCUCAAAACUCAAAUUACCAAUGAUAAUGAAACAGUCACAAAGUGAAAAGGCAUAUGUAGAGGAUCCCCUGCUCCAUGGCUUUUAUUUUGAUAAAAAGUCCUGCAAAUCUAAACAUCAAGCUACAGAGUUACAACCGGAUACACCUCCUCAUGAAAGGAUUUUGGCAAGUGCAUCCCAUGAAAUGGAUCACAAUUCAUAUAAAAGUGGUGAUAUGGAGAAGACACUCACUGGCAUGCAGAAUGCCAAACAGCUCUCCCUUCUAUCUCAUAGUUCAUCUGUUGAGUCCCUUUCUCCAGUGGGUGAUUUAUUUGGACUGGGUAUCUUUAAAAAUGGCAGUGACAGCCUCCAGCGAAGCACUUCUCUAGAAAGUUGGUUGACAUCCUAUAAAAGCAAUGAAGAUCUUUUCAGCUGUCACAGCUCUGGGGACAUAAGCGUGAGCAGUGGCUCAGUUGGAGAAUUGAGUAAAAGGACAUUAGAUCUCCUGAAUCGUUUGGAGAAUAUCCAGAGUCCCUCAGAGCAAAAGAUAAAGCGGAGUGUUUCCGAUAUCACUCUUCAAAGCAGUUCCCAAAAGAUGUCUUUUACUGGCCAGCUGUCACUGGACAUAGCAUCUUCCAUCAAUGAAGACUCGCCAGCAUCUCUUACAGAACUUAGCAGCAGUGAUGAGCUCUCUCUUUGCUCAGAGGAUAUUGUGUUACACAAGAACAAGAUCCCAGAAUCAAAUGCAUCAUUCAGGAAGCGCCUGACUCAUUCAGUGGCUGAUGAAAGCGACGUCAAUGUCAGCAUGAUCGUUAACGUCUCUUGUACCUCUGCUUGCACUGAUGAUGAAGAUGACAGUGACCUCCUCUCCAGCUCUACCCUCACCUUGACAGAAGAAGAGCUGUGCCUCAAAGAUGAGGAUGAUGACUCCAGUAUUGCAACAGACGAUGAGAUUUAUGAAGAGUGCAACUUGAUGUCAGGGCUGGACUAUAUAAAGAAUGAGCUGCACACCUGGAUUAGGCCGAAGCUUUCCUUGACUAGAGAUAAGAGAAGAUGUCAUCCCAGUGACGAAAUAAGGGGCGGUAAGGAUAUAAGUAGUACUGAGAUGACCAAUCCCUCUGAUACCCUCAGCAUUAAGGCCCUUCUAAAUGGCUCCAUAAAACAUCUCUCUGAAAAUAAUGGAAACAGUAAGAAUUUACCCCACACCCAUGAGUUAGGAACACAGAGUGAAAAUAAGAAAAAUAUUUUCAAAGUCACUAAAGAUCCAUAUGUGGCUGAUGUGGAAAAUGGCAAUGUCGAAAGUACUCCAGAGAGACAGCAGGACAAACUUAAUGAGAUUUCACAGGAACCGGAGAAUCUUGGUUCAGCCAGGAAGAGGAUUUCAGAGAGUGAGCAUGGUAAGUGCGAAGCAGUUAUGGAUAGCUCAGGCGAUUCAAACAUUGCUGGAAGAGAAUCUGUCUCCCAGACCGUUAGACAUCUUCCAAAGAAAUGUCAAAACCACCACCAUUUUGAAAAUCAAACGGCUGCUUCUACUCCCGCUGAGAAGUCUUGCCCAGAGCUGCCUCCAGAAACCAGAGUCACCAAUAGACAGGACUCUGAGGUACUGCAGUCUUCAUGUGAUGAUGCACUAAGUUUGGCUGGAAAAUCUGCCGGUUGCUGCCUAGAACUUGAACAAAAUGAAACAGAGGAAAAUGCCUCUGUUGGUGACAACGUUUCCUGUUGUGGAUGUGAGUCAGGUGUUUUCCAUCCAAAAGAUGCCGAGGAUUGUUCAGUACAUGACUUUGUUAAGGAAAUCAUUGGCAUGGCUUCCACUGCCCUAAAAAGUAAAUCUCAACCUGAAACCGAGGCAGCCGCUCCUACUUCAUUAACUCAAAUCAAGGAGAAAGUGUUAGAACAUUCUCACCGGCCCAUCCAGCUGAGAAAAGGGGACUUUUAUUCCUACUUAUCUCUCUCAUCGCAUGACAGUGACUGUGGGGAGGUCACCAAUUACAUAGAAGAGAAGAGCAACACUCCUUUGCCUCUGGACAUGACUGACUCUGGCCUGGAAGACAGGGAAGACAUUGAGUGCUUCUUUGAGGCCUGUGCUGAGGAUGACCCUGAUGGAGACGAGCCCUGUGCCUCCAGCCCUCCUCCAGAUGAGCCUGCAGGUCACAGGGAGGCUGCAGUGCCAUCACAAGCAGCAGCGGGCUCUCCUAGGUGCAGUGACAUUUCCCUCUCAGCCGACGAUGCAGACAUGGUGGCUCUUGCAUGUCCUCCCCCUCAGAAAGGAUCUGACAUUGGGAAGGAAGUGGAUGGUUUACCCCAAGCUUCCAAUGUCUGCGGAGAAAGCUCACAGUCAGCUACUCCUCCAAGGCUGGGCGGUGAAAAAGAAUGUUCAGAAAACCCAGGUGAGUCUGGGAUGCCAGAGGAACAUAAGGCUGCUUCGGCCGACUCGAGAGUCCCAGGGCUCUCCUCAAAGGCACAGCAGUCCAAAGACAAGGCUGCGUUGCUUCCCAACCCCAAAACUUUAACCUGUGAAGAUCUCCUAAACCUUGAUGAAGAACGACAUAGAAAUAUGCAUAGGUAGAAUGUAACCUUCUCCAAGCAUGAAAAUCAUCUCAUUGAAAGAUAAGCCCGGCUGCAACUCAGGGGUGGCCUCACACUCCCACCCCGGACGGGUCUCCGUUCCAUCCCAUCACUGCCGUCUGUUACACUGACCUCUCCCACUAUGAUGCUUCCUUCCGAGUGCGGUUUGUCCACAUGGCCUUGUGACCCUGACGCGUGCGCUGGCUCUCUUUAGGUGACUCUCUGAAGCUCAGCGAGCUGCUUGUUCUCCCAUGGAUUCCUGUCCCAAGCUACCUCUACCACCCCCCUCUCCAGCAAGACUUUGGUUUGCCUUGUCCCCUCCCCAUCUGCUCUUUAAAGCUCUGCAGCUCACCAAUUUGAUGGUCCAUUAAAUUCACCUGUCUGGAAUGAGCCCCUGCCAGUACUUGACCAAGUUCAUGUUUCAAUAGGAAAUUUCUUUGUAAUGGUACGAUGCCUAUGUUUAUUGAAAGAAUUUUACCUAAAGGGGCAACAUUUGAUUUGAUUGCAGCAUAGAGAAGAAACGCUGGCUUUUCUUUCAAAAUUAAGCAAUUGUUAAAAGCUCCAUUUUAUUUAUUUUAUUUUAAAAAUAAUAAUCUAUGCAGCACUUCAAGAAACAACUAAAUAGUGUUGUAUAUUAUAGACUGGUGACAUUCUAUUAAAUUAUGUACAACAUUUUUGCUUUUCUUAAUGCUUCUUGAGGUGGUAAUGAGAAAAAAAGUUUUUUAAAAAAGUGUGCCUUGCUGUAUUUCUUAUACCAUUUAUUAGAAAGCUGCUUUCACGGUAAAGUUAGGUUGUUUUAAAAGGAGGAAAUAGCAAGGUUAAGAUGUGUGAAUAAUUUCUGUACAUAUGUAUAACCAAGUACAAACAUUGAUGUAUAAUGACAGUAUAAAAUGCUUUCAUGUUUGUGAUGUCUAGUGAUGUGGAAAAUAUAAGCCUUAAAUCUAUUAGAUUGCAUGGUAAUUAAAAUUGGCAUAAUAAACAUAGAUUAUUAGGGAAAAAGGAAAAAUUAGUGAUCUCUUCUACCUGUGUUCUUUACCAAAUUAUCGCAUCUGGUUCUGGAACAAAUAUUACAUAUAGCAGCUUCCAAAAUAUCUAUAUUGCAUAAGAGGCUUAAAAUUACUUAAACUAGAAACUACACAAUGAAGCCAUCACAAUUUUCAAGAUUCUUCUGAUUACUAUAAAGAUCUUGGAACACUAAUGAUUUACUUCCAGUUCCCCUAAACCAGUAAAAAUAUAUCCUAGAUUUUUUUUUAUUUCUACUUAUCUUUAAUGGUUUUAAUGUUGGAUUUCAGAAUACUUAGUACAUCUUAUAUUUAUUUUAUAUAAUUUUUUGAAUGGGUUUGAUAGAAAGAUAGUAGAAAAGUAUAGAAAAUUUGACUAUUCUUUUUAUUUAAAUUAUAGAUUUCAAGUGUAUUUAUUUUGUGUAAAAGAAGUUAGCUAAAAAUAUUGUUUGGUCUUUACUGCUCUUGUGAAAGGCAGUUUCUAGUUUUAUUCUAACACCUACUCAAGUGCCUGACACAGUAGGUAUUCAAUAAAAAUUUGUUGAAUUGAAAUAUUGAAUUAGGUAAUAUGAUGACAUUUAUCUUUUCAUUUUGAGAGAGGUACACUAAAACAUGUAAACUAGAAAAAGAUCUAAUGCAGUUAGAAAAUCACAUGUAAUAUAUGAUUACUUUACAUCAAAUUUCAAAAAGAAAUAAUGUGUGGAUUCAUAUAGUCAAAGAAAUGACAAUCAUUCAUUCAAUUGAUAGUUCGUUAACACUGUUUAUCUGCAAGGCACUAUUCUAGAUGCAGGGGAUGCAAUGCUAACUGAACAAAGGCUCUGCCCUCGGGAAGCUUACCUACAUAUGGAUGAAGUGAGCACACAAACUAGAUUCAGUAGUGGUCCUGCAGGUGAGGAAAAGAGCAAAGUGAUGAAGACGUACAAAGACGGAAGCAGCAAUGGACAAGGAGGAAGAAAAGGGCUAGAAGAGAGCAGAACGUUAGAUAGUAGAAAAUUAGUGAAGCUUAUUGCAGGGUAGUAGGAGAAAAGGUAAGUUGGGAAACUUUUAAAAAGUUAUGAUGGACCUUUGUAUGUGCUAUGCUAGGCAGUAAGGAAAUUUCGUUGUCUUUGUUUUGCACCUGAUAUUGCUUAUCAUUAAAACUAUUAGUAGCACACCAAGAACAUUUAAAAAUAGUAACCUAUAAUUCUAACACUUUAAUAACUACUUGUAUUUUUAUGCCCCUUCUAAUCUUUUCCAUGCAUAUUUCUAAAGUGAUGAAUCAUUCUAGACUUUUGAAUGGAUAGUAAUUCAUUCACAAGGGGUUUUAGGCAGACAUUUAGUUGCAGAGUACAAGGUGAUUACAGGGGAAGAUAUUAGAGAUAAGUCUCUCAUUAGGAGGUAGCUGUAGAAAAUAAGCUAGUCUUGAGAAGAUAACAGAUCACAGGGAGAGUGGCCUGGGAUGUAGAGAAAAAAGUCCUAGUGUCCGAAAUCCCUAAGAGCAUUCUGGAUUUCCCUUGAGGUGUGCUAUAAUUUUACAUACUGAGACAACCUAAAUUUUCCUUGGGUACUAACUAUUGCCAAGUCUGCAUCUCUUAGUAAAACAUUCAAAGAACAAACAGGCCAUGAUGUUUUACUUACCUGUGAUAUGCUCAUUGAAGACAUUGAGGUAUUGAAAAUAUUUGUUUAUUAAUAACCUGUUUAGGGUUAACACUGGAUAUGUAGAAUGACUUUCAGGUUUAUGGUACAAUGCUUUUUCAGGUUGGAAAGGACGGAAUAGCCUCAAUUUCUUGCUCUAUUUAGGUGCUACCUUCUAGGUUACCCUUGAAUGGUCACACCAACUCUGCCUACGCACUUCCAGUGGUUUAUCCUCUGCUAAGGCAAGCGUGUGUCUCUAUUAAGAAGCUAUUUCUUGGGUUGCUAAAAUCUGCAUAGUGACCCCUACCCACCUUUAAUUUUGUUCACUGGUCUUAAUUCUUUCCUGCUAAGCUGCCCUAGAAUUUCUACCCUUUAUUUUUCAUGGUAACCCUGGAGAUAAUUGAGACCAGUUCCUCAUCCUCUCCCAGCUGCUAUGAUUUCUGUUCUAUAAUUCCCUCAACAGCCCUUCAUAUGCCAUGAUUUUCAUCUAUUUCAACCUAAUGUUAACAGACAGAAUCCUUGAAACUGAGGAACUGUCUUCAUCAUCAUACAUGUAGGAAAGUAUCUGAACAUUUAAGUGGUAAGUUUUCUCUAAAAAUAUAUGAAGAUAUGUUUAUUCUAUUAUUGUAAAAUAAAAUAAAUAAAUAAAUAAGCAAAUAAAUAAGAAUCCAUUACUUCCUUCAGUGGCCCAGUCAAGUGCCAGAGUUAUCUUGAAUGCUUACCUUACAUCAAAUCCAAACCUAACCUGUUUCCUUAUAAAGCAGGGUCUCCUUUCCAUUUAUUCAUUUAUUCAUUCAGUCAUUCAACAAACAUUCAUUGAGUGGCUACUUGUGUGAGGCACUGUGUUUGGCAUUAGAGAGACAAAGGCUCCUGAAACUCGGUCACUGCCUACAGAGGUUUACAGUUUUUCUUGUGAAAGUGCCUUUCAUGUCCUCGAAUAGAGUGAUUUCUCCAAAUUAAAUGAUGGCCCAUUAAUUUUGUUUCCUAUCUAGUUUCUCUACAUUUUAAGAACUCUAGUGAGCAAAAUGGUAUGCAGAAUUAUGUGGCUCUGACUGCUAGAAGUAGUGUUUUUGUAUUUGAAAGUUUGAAUAACAGAAAAAUAUUUCAGGUUUCUGGUCACUUAAUAAAUAUGUCUUAUGCAACAACAGAACAAUCUAAAUUCAGUGCUUUUUAGACGUUAAGUUUGAUGAUUUUGUUGUGUUUGGUUUGUCUAGCUUAGAAGUUUUACCCAUGCUAUAAUUUCAUGAAAUAAAUUAACAAAAUUAGAAAACAGA